CUUCCAAACCAGAAUGUGAAAGUUAUUCAUUAAGGAGUCUUUGAAAAGACUGAAAAGACCUGAAAUGGUAAACAGGGCGCACCUCAUCAGUAUAACGAGCCGCAUCAGACUGUGUUUUACAGAAAUACAUCUGACGACGCAUUUUUGUCAAGUGAUGCGAAGGUUUCGGGUGCUAAAUUUGACAAAAAGUAGUAAAAAUGAUUUUAAGGUGAUAAUUGAAGGGAAGAAAUACCUCGCAGCUCAGUUCUGCAUUUAGUGUAGCAGAGUUUCUUCAAAACUUCCAUUAAUGGCUGCUCUAAGGAGCUUCCUUACGAAAAGAUGUUUAACAUACAACGAGCUGAUGAUGACAAGGAGGCUGGUGUCCACCGAACCCAUCAUUGAUUCUCCUUCUUUUGCUCAAAGACUCAGAGAUCUUCCCACGGAUCUUCUUGAUACUAAAAUUAAGAGGGAAGUUUACCAGUUAAUUGGAAGAACACCUCUUGUUUUUCUUAAUAAAGUAACUGAAGGCUGUGGUGCAUACAUAGCUGUGAAGCAGGAGAUGAUGAUGCCCACCGCUAGCAUUAAAGACAGACCAGCAUUCUCCAUGAUUACCGAUGCAGAAAAGAAAAACUUAAUUUCUCCCGGAAAGACAACUCUGAUAGAGCCGACAUCAGGUAACAUGGGGAUAAGUAUGGCAUUCAUGGCAGCUAUAAAAGGUUAUAAGAUGGUUCUAACUAUGCCUUCUUACACAAGCUUGGAGAGAAGAGUCACCAUGAGAGCAUUUGGAGCUGGUUUGGUUCUCACAGGUCCCACGAAAGGGAUGGAAGGAACUGUGAAGAAGGCUUAUGAACUUUUGGAGUCCACGCCGAAUGCUUUCAUGUUGCAACAAUUCUCAAAUCCUGCCAACACUCAGGCGCAUUUUGAAACAACAGGCCCUGAGAUAUGGGAAGAUACUCUUGGUAAAGUUGACAUCUUUGUAAUGGGAAUAGGGAGUGGUGGUACUGUUUCUGGUGUCGGACAGUACCUCAAAUCCCAAAAUCCUAAUGUUAAGAUAUAUGGAGUGGAGCCUGCUGAAAGUAAUGUACUGAAUGGUGGCAAACCAGGUCCUCAUCAUAUUACUGGUAAUGGAGUUGGGUUCAAGCCAGAUAUAUUAGACAUGGAUGUAAUGGAAAAAGUUCUCGAGGUCAGCAGUGAAGAUGCAGUAAAUAUGGCAAGGGAAUUGGCACUAAAAGAGGGGCUUCUGGUUGGAAUAUCAUCCGGGGCCAACGCUAUUGCAGCACUUAGACUUGCAAGAAUGCCUGAGAACAAAGGCAAAUUGAUUGUGACAGUUCUUCCAAGUUUUGGGGAGCGAUACUUGUCGUCAGUCCUGUUCCAAGAACUAAGGAAGGAAGCUGAAAACUUGCAACCGGUUGCAGUUGACUAAAUGCUUUUUCAGGGGACAUGUUAGGAAGCUCCCUUGGGAAAACAAAAGCUCUAUCUGUUAAUACCAAAUGUUUCAACUGAAACAUUGGCAUCUAUUCUUAUUAUGAAUCUGCUGUGAACCCAUUUGUUUCAGUUUCCAUGUUUAACUCUGUUUGAAAUGAAAUCAGUAAUAAUUGGAAGUGCA